UAGCUAUCCUAGCCUGCUUGGCUUGCUCAUUGUAGCCUACUACUCUUUUACUGCUAAUGUUGUUGUUGUUGUAUAGGUACUUUUGUUAAAUUAACUGUAUCAGAUUUAAUUAUUAAAACGGUAGGGAGAUUGCUAUAGGCAGUUACCAAGAUUAAACUCAAAUAACUUUAGCUAGCCAUCAAACUAGCUAACAUCCAUAACACAGGUGCCCGUCCUUCCCGGGAACUGUUAAACGUUUUUAACGUUUUUUAAACGUUUAACAGGGCAGCUGUGGCUACAGAUGUAGCUUACCACCACCGAUGGCAGCCACGAAAGUCCCAGAGAUACGUGACAUAACACGGAUAGAGAGAAUUGGAGCACACUCACACAUCCGUGGUCUUGGACUUGAUGAUGCAUUGGAGCCAAGACAGGUGUCUCAGGGAAUGGUCGGCCAGUUGGCAGGGAGAAGAGCCGCUGGGCUGAUUCUGGAGAUGAUCAGAGAUGGACAUAUUGCAGGGCGUGCUGUUCUCAUUGCAGGACAGCCUGGCACAGGAAAGACUGCCAUUGCCAUGGGUGUUGCACAGUCUCUUGGUCAAGAUACCCCCUUCACUUCUCUGGCUGGGAGUGAGAUAUUUUCCCUGGAGAUGAGCAAGACUGAGGCUCUUACUCAGGCUUUCCGCAAAGCCAUCGGAGUCCGGAUCAAGGAGGAGACUGAAAUCAUUGAAGGAGAAGUGGUCGAGAUCCAGAUUGACAGACCAGCCACAGGGACUGGGGCCAAGGCGGGCAAGCUGACCCUCAAGACCACAGAGAUGGAGACGAUAUACGACCUUGGAAGCAAAAUGAUCGAGUGCCUCACGAAGGAACGUGUCCAGGCUGGAGAUGUCAUCACCAUUGACAAAGCCACUGGGAAGAUCAGUAAAUUGGGACGCUCUUUCACCAGGGCGAGAGAUUAUGAUGCCAUGGGUUCUCAGACGCAGUUUGUCCAGUGCCCAGAGGGGGAGCUGCAGAAGCGAAAGGAGGUGGUCCACACUGUGUCCCUGCACGAGAUCGACGUCAUCAACAGCCGCACGCAAGGCUUCCUCGCCCUCUUCUCCGGUGACACCGGUGAGAUCAAGACUGAGGUGCGGGAGCAGAUCAAUGCCAAAGUGUCCGAGUGGAGGGAGGAGGGGAAGGCCGAGAUCAACCCCGGGGUGCUCUUCAUAGAUGAGGUCCACAUGCUUGACAUGGAGUGCUUCUCGUUCCUGAACCGCGCCCUGGAGAGUGACCUCUCCCCCGUGCUAAUCAUGGCCACCAACAGAGGCAUCACACGUAUUCGUGGCACCAACUACCAAAGUCCUCAUGGGAUCCCCAUUGACCUGCUGGACCGGCUGCUGAUCAUCGCCACCACUCCCUACACCGAGAAAGAGACGCGGCAGAUUCUCAAGAUCAGGUGUGAGGAGGAAGACGUGGAGCUGAGCGAGGAGGCCCACACCGUCCUGACGCGCAUCGGAAUGGAGACGUCCCUACGGUACGCCAUCCAGCUGAUCAGCACCGCCGGCCUGGUCUGCACCAAGCGCAAGGGCACUGAGGUGCAGGUGGAGGACAUAAAGCGAGUGUACUCCCUGUUCCUGGAUGAAGCACGCUCCUCACAGUACAUGAAGGAGUACCAGGACUCAUUCCUCUUCAAUGAAACACAAGCUCCUCAGAUGGACACCUCGUAGGGACCCUGACCAGACCGUCUGUCACCUUUGUUUCGUCUCUUUUUCCAUGGGAAUUUAGCCUGUGUUUGUUUGUUUCUUGUUUUAAAUGAAGCUUUUUUUACGAACUCUGAUUGGAGUGCAUGCCUCUCAGUUUGUGCGACUCCCAAGUUCUACAGAAGACGCUCAUCACCAACGGGUCUCAUGUGUCAAACGAUUGGGAUCUUAGUUGUUUCUGUAUUAGAGGAAACUUUGCAGCAUCAGCAAAUUUGAGAGCAGCAGUGUGGCAUUAGUCAACGUGCAACACUUGGCAGUGCAGUGAAGAAUCCAAGUCAAAGUGUGUGUUGGCUCAUGUAUUCCAGUUUAGGAAUAUUCCUAACAUUGGCAUUCGCCAUUCACAGCUGAAGAGCCUUAGUACUGCCCUCAAAUUUGGAUCAUAUUGUGAUGUCCUCACCCCCUGACAUUUUCAAAAUGUUUAUGGUAAUUAUUUCUGCCAUGAAAAUGAGAAUAAAAUCGUAUUGUCUUGCCUAA